AUGGUUCUCCUCAGAGACGUUACCAGUGUUGUAGCCUUUUUGGCAAUGGCACAAAGUGCCAGUGCCUUUUAUUCAAAGACAAGUGGAGUCUUGAGUCUUGACCAAAAGGGAUUCAAAAACGAGAUCCUGCAGUCUGGACAUGCUGCUGUCGUAGAGUUCUAUGCGCCAUGGUGCGGACAUUGCAAAAAUCUCAAGCCCGACUAUGAGAAGGUUGCAAAAUCACUGAAAGGCCUUGCCAAGGUUGCUGCAGUCAAUUGUGACGAGGAGAAGAAUAAGAAUUUGUGCGCGGAACAGGGAGUUCAGGGUUUCCCUACGCUUAAGAUAUUUCAGCCUUCGGGGAAGAAGGGGAGUCCGUCUGUUAUAGAUUACAACGGCCCUCGAACUGCAAAGGCUAUUUCUGAUGCCGUCGCUGAACGUAUACCUAAUCAUGUUACCCGUGUCACCUCCAGUAAGCUUGACGAUUUUUUCGCCAACAAAAAUGAGACGGUGAAGGCGAUACUAUUCACGAACAAGGGCGUUACCAGCCCACUCUGGAAAGCUCUAGCUAUUGACUUCUUGGGUUCUAUUACUUUCGCUCAAAUUCGUGAUAAGGAGGCACAAGCUAUUGAGGCUUUUGGAAUCGACAAUUAUCCGACUGUAGUGGUUCUCCCCGGAGGAGACAAGGAGGCAAUUGUUUACCAAGGGAAGAUUUCGAAGGAUGAUUUGUUCGAGUUUUUCAAACAAAUCGCACCUCCUGUGAAGGAGCCUGAAGCUUCUGCCAAACCAAAAAAAGAAAAGAGCAAGAAGACCGAGGAGCAACAGCCGAUUGUCGUAGAGGUUAAUGAUGAAGAUGCUCCAGUUAAAAACAAAGUUCCCGAACCGGAAAAGCCCAAAGUAGAAGUUCCUGUUCUUGCCGACAAAGCUGCCCUGACUGAGGCAUGCCUCUCUCCGAAGUCAAAAACUUGCGUUUUGGCUAUUAUUCCUGCCGAGUCAGAGUCUGAGACUUUCACUAGCAUCUACAAUACGCUUUUACACAGGACUGUCAAUGCGUUCAACGUUUAUAAGCUCGCAUCUUCUUCGGAACACGCUCAGGAGCUUUUGGAAAAGCUGAACUUGGACAAGUCGUCCGGUGCUGUCGUUGCCGUGAAUGCACGAAGGAACUGGGUUAGAAAAUUCGAGGGCGACAUUACGAAUGAGGUCGAGAUCUUGGCGUGGCUCGAUGCUGUUAGGCUUGGAGAGGUGAAGAAGGAAAAGUUGCCAGCAGGCUUGGUUGUUGAAGAUAAGGAGGAGGAGGAGCACGAUGAGUUGUAA